UUCAAAUAAGAGAUGGAAUAUUUGGGGUAUGUGUUUGUAGGAAUAGUGACUCUUUUGCUUGUAUGCAUUCCACAUUGGCUUCGCAGUUGGAGGAAGCCCCAGUGCAAUGGAAAGCUCCCACCAGGUUCAAUGGGAUGGCCAAUUCUUGGAGAGACCCUUCAGUUUUCGACUCCUUAUACUAACCGCGGUGUCUCGCCUUUCAUCAGAAAGAGAAUGGACAGGUAUGGGCCAUUGUUCCGGACAAAACUGCUGGGGUGGCCAUUUGUUAUUUCAGCUGAUCCAGACGUGAGCCGCUUCGUCCUCCAACAAGAAGGGAAAUUGUUUCACUGCUGGUACAUGGAAAGCUUUGACAAUCUCUUCGGCCCACAGAAUGUGCUUUCAUCACAAGGGGCUCUGCACAAGUGCUUAAGAAGCCUGAUUUUGAGUCAAUUUGGGUCCGAAAGCCUAAGAACUAGGGUUCUUUCUCAAGUUGAAGAGUUGGUGCUGAAAAAACUGCAGUUGUGGUCCAACCAUACCUCUGUGGAUCUGAAAGAGGGCAUUACUUCGAUGAUGUUUGAUUUUACCGCUAAAAUGAUUUGCAAUUACGAUGAGUCGAAGACACCAGAGAAGCUGAGAGAGAACUAUUCUGCUUUUCUCAGUGGUUUGAUCUCCUUCCCUCUGAACAUUCCUGGAACUUCUUACUGGAAAUGCCUAAAGGGUCGUGAAAGGGCAAGGAAAACACUAAGGAAUAGGUUGCUUGAGAGGCUAGCAUCCCCGGAAAGGGAGCACAAGGAUAUCAUGGAUUUUAUUAUACAGGAAAUGAAGAAGGAUGACACUAUCCUAACUGAGGAAAUCGCUGUGGAUUUACUCUUUGGGCUUCCUUUUGGUGCUAAUGAAACCACUUCCUCUACUCUUAUAUUAGCCGUUCAAUAUCUUGGUAGUCAUCCUUCGGCAUUAGCAGAGAUAACAAGAGAGCAUGAGUCGAUUCUAAGGAACCGAAAACAAAAGGACUCUGGAAUCACAUGGGAAGAGUAUAAAUCCAUGAGCUUUACCAUGAUGGUUGUCAAUGAAACUGUUAGGAUGGGAAGUAUUCUCCCUUCAAUUUUCAGGAAAGUGGACAAAGAUAUUGAAAUAAAGGGGUACACGAUUCCAGCUGGGUGGAUGGUUCUGGUCUCUCCUCCAGCAGCCCAUUUCAACCCCAAUGUACACAAGGAUCCCCAUGUCUUCAACCCAUGGCGAUGGCAGGGUCAAGAACCGACUUCAGGUUCGAAUGCUUUGAUGGGUUUUGGUGGAGGAAUCAAACUUUGUGCGGGAGUUGACUUUGCCAAACUUGAAAUCGCCAUUUUCCUACACCAUCUGGUCACAAAAUACAGGUGGGAGGUGAUCAAGGGAGGAGAAGUUGUUUGGCGGCAGUCAACUGGACCCAUUUUUCCAAACGGUUUUCACGUUCGAAUAUCUGAGAAAACUAAGUGAAGAUGGUCCUAUGGAAGCAUAAAUAACUAGAAUAUAAUCACUUGAAUAAGAGUAUUUCAGCAUGUGUUCCCAAAUAAUACACUUGUGGUCAUUGGUCAUCGUGGGUUUGAACUUUUGUAUCUCCAUUAUGGUGGGAACUGUCUUACCUUGAAAAACAAAGUCUAACAUGAAGGUUGUCUAUUUAUAUCAUUGUUUUCCAUAGACUAAAAGCAAUGUUAGGUGUAGAGGCUCUCUAUUUCCAUCAUUGUCAUCAUGCCCUUCAUGAGGUUGGUGCAGGGAGAGAUUACUUAGGUCCUGUGUUACAUGAUGGUAUGCUCCAGAGUCUCCAGCAUGGCGGAAAGAUUGGAGCUAGUGAUGGCAUUGUCAUCGAUAAUGGUACAGGACCUAAUAUUUCUCACAUUGGCUCCUCCACUCUCUGUACUCCUACUAUUUCAU